UUGAUGCCUUCUUCCAAAAAUAUCAAAUUGCACUAGAGGUGUAAAGGACUCAACAUCAGUUUCAUAGCACUAGGAUGUUAAAAAACUCAAAAUUAUAAUUAGCUUGAAAACCAAAACCCAGAAAUUGUUAUUCAAAAAUUCGACCUCCUAUCUUUACGUUUAAUUAACAGAUAAAUAUAUUGCAGAUACGUAUCACAGUCAAACAAGCGAAAAUUCUGAAGCUAACCAACCUCCUCCUAUAUUCUUGUCGACUAUGCACAUGCAUAAAUGAAUAGCGGGUUAGUCUAGUGUUUGCUUGUACAUCUUGUACAUCACUCCGAACUUGUAAAACAAUUUCCAAAUGCCUGGCUUAACCAGUUCAAACACAGAAAGUGAAAAUUUAAUAACCGAUAUUAGUCAAGAGAUUAGCCGACUCGCCUUGAAUCUCGACGAGGAAGCUCUUCCAGAAACAGAGAGGACUAGAUUGCGAGCAUUUUUCACUAGUAUCUUAAAUAAUGCAAAGAUAAAAGUUGUGUCGAAUGUUCUCAAUACAAUCCCAAAGGAUAACUGUACCGAGAGACUCGCGUACCUGAAGAAAGUGUCAACUGAAUUACGUAGUAAAAUAAAUAUAGCAGAUGCUUUUCCUCAAGGCCUGUUAUACUUGAAACCAGAACCUUUACUUCGCACUUCUGGUGCGAAUUGGGAAUAUCAACCUGACCCAACUCUGAAAGAAAUUUUGCAAAAAACGAUCAGAGAACAUUUUGAUGCUUUUCUUAAAGGCGAUUUUGACAAAACAAACAUUCCGAUAUAUCUCUUUCUUUCUGGAGCUGGGACCGGAAAAUCUCGAAACGCUAAUGAAUUCCAACAGACGGCAAUCAGUUCAGUUAGUAAAGAUAAAGACCUAUUAGCUAGAAUUAAGGAUGCUUAUGUAUUCAAUGUCAGCUAUGAGAAUGGAACUGCUUUACGGCCAAGGGAAGAUCCUUUUCUGGCCAUUGGUACUCGAAUGCUAUUUCAACUUCUUAGAGAAGAAAUGGAUUUUGAUGAGGUUCGUCUCACAUAUGAGCCACCGUCUCCAAUGUCUGUUUUGUCAUUGGUUGCUAAAUAUCGGAAUCGAGAUUUGAAGGACAUAACGGUUAUUUUGAUCGUUGAUGCCAUGCAACAGCUUAUGUUAAGUACUGAUGACGGUUUGAAUAAAGAUUCUGAUUUUUACCGUACUAUGUCAUCUAUCGGAGAUCUCGGAUUGAAAAAAAUUUUUCUAUUGCCAUGCAUUACUUGCACAAUCGCUACCUCAGUUGAGAAAGCAUUACAAUUUUCGCAUCGAAAACGUGCAUACUUGCCAGUCCCUUCUAUGAAACCUCCAACAUAUCGCCAAGGAAAUAAAGUAAUCCCAGUCUUUGAAAAAAAAGAAAUUAUGGAUAUUCUUGUGGAAGAUUGUGGGGGCCAUGGAAGGGCUCUAGAAGUUCUGAGUGAGUGUAUGGCUGGUCGUUCUAUUGAAAAGUGCAAUGUUGAGAACUUGAUGAAUGAUCUUCGUUUUAGGCUCACUGAUCGAUACGUUGAAGCUCUUCAGAAUACUGGCAGAGAUGCCAGGGCCAUUGCACGAGCAGUAUUAACCAGAACUCUCUUAGAUGUAGACAAGCCUGUUCCUAGAACGGAAAAAAACCCAGAUGAAUACAUUCACAGUGGUUUGAUACGAUUUGAAAGAAAACAUGAGGCACAAACGGGAUAUUUCACUGCGCCGUAUAUAUGGCUCUGGAUGCUUGUUGAAAAGUCUCAUGAGUGGGGAGAUUCAAUACUUCGAGAUUGGGCAUUUUCUGACUAUAAAGAACUACGAGAAUUUAUGUCAUCACCGGGAUCUAAACCAUGGCAGGGUUUUGAAAGAUUUGUUGCGACUUUUCGUUGUUUGAAGUCAACUAUACUCGAUGAAAAUGAGCCAACAACGAUUUCGGAGGUUCACGCAGGAGCGCUUUUAAAUGGUGAUCUCCAAUUUAUAAAUCACCAUCUACAGCUUGAAUAUGCAAAACAUCGAACAGACACAAGAUCUGAAAAAAUCUCUACACGCAGUUGGAACGUUGAGUGCAAUAAAUCUAUCGUUAACGUUCGGCAAUUCAAACAUUGUAUUAUUAACAGUCCAGGCGCAAAAGCUGGAGAUGCCUUCAUUUCGUUAGAUCUGCCAGAUGAUAAGAGUCUGAACGAAAUUCAACAAUACAAACAUACACAAAAUUCGAUCAAUCAACAAUUAUAUGCAAAAGAACGUACAAAAUCUUCAUCAUAUGAUGAUUUUUUUAUCCUAUUUACAACUUCAGCAAACUGUGAUGUAAAACUUCCAAGACGAUCCGGAAUUGUAUAUGAAAAAAAUUUUAAGGAAUAUUUUGGGCCAUUUGCGGGCAGAGCAUUUAGGCAGUCUAGAGUCCGCACCCCUAUACCCUCUGCUGCUCCUACCCUCGAAGUGAACAUCAAUACCGAUCCUAUCGAGCAACUCUGCAAGGUGAAUCAAAUCGGUGAAAAACGAGCAAACGUAAUUUUUUCAAAAAGACCAUUUAAAGAUAUUAAUGAUGCAUUUGAAAAGACUAGUAUUUCAAAGAAAGUAUUGAAGAAUUUUUAUUUUCCAAAUUUUCCAAAUGGACGUACACUUCACACGAUUUCUCAUAUUUUGCCUCGAAUUAAGUGAAUACAAUACCAAAUGAAUAUGCAAAGUCAAUUUUCUGUUUCAAAUUACAAGUAGAAAAAUUAAUUAGAGUAGAAAUUAGAUAGUUGUACAAUACUGUAAUUAGUGCUCCAAACCGACACAGGAUUUCAAACCGGUUUCAAACCGGUCCAAUUUCUAAUAAAAAACCGGUCUUUAAAUGCAAAGGAAUUCAAAACCGGUCAAAAACAAAAAUCCAUUUAUUGAUAAUAUUUGUUUAAGGGGUAAAUUUUCAUGCGGCAAAAUCAUAAAAUCAUAUUAAUCAAUCAAUACUCGUCAAACACAACAAUAUUACUAGGAAACGGAUUGGGUGACGAUCACGUGGCGGACAGAGAAAUUCACGUGAUCGAUUUUUUUUAGACAUAUAUUGUC